UGAAACUCAACUUCUCUUUCUUCCCAAAUUUAGAAAGUCUUCAUCUUCGUUCAAACAACCUUACUGGGCUCAUCCCACUUGAGAUAGGGAUGCUGAAAAAUCUGACCUUUUUAGACCUUUCUUAUAACAUGCUCGUCGGUCCAAUCCCAACUACUCUGGUCCAUUUAACUAAUUUGAGAAGUUUAUACCUUAGUUGGAAUAAAAUCAAUGGAUCCAUUCCUCUCGAAAUAGGGAUGCUGAAAAAUCUGACAUUUUUAUCCCUUUAUUGGAACAUGCUCGUCGGUCCAAUCCCUACCACUCUAGUCCAUUUAACUAAUUUGAGAUUUUUAGAUCUUGCUCGGAAUAAAAUUAAUGGAUCCAUUCCCCCCGAAAUAGGAAUGCUAAAAAAUCUUACCCAUUUAUCCCUUUCAUCGAAUAUGCUCGUCGGUCCAAUCCCUUCCACAAUUGGUCAUUUAACUAAUUUGGAAUCUUUGAACCUUGGUGAAAAUCAAAUCCAUGGAUCCAUUCCCCCCGAAAUAGGGAUGCUGAAAAAUCUAACCCUUUUAUCCAUUUAUUCGAACAUGCUUGUCGGUCCAAUCCCUACCACUCUGGUCCAUUUAACUAAUUUGAGAAUUUUAUACCUUGAUCAAAAUAAAAUCAAUGGAUCAAUUCCUCCUGAAAUAGGGAUGCUAAAAAAUCUGUUAAUUUUAUCCCUUUAUUCCAACAUGCUCGUUGGUCCAAUCCCUUUCACAGUUGGUCAUUUAACUCAUUUGGAAUAUUUAAACAUUAGCUGGAAUAAAAUCAAUGGAUCAAUUCCCCCCGAAAUAGGGAUGCUGAAAAAUCUGUCCUCUUUAUCCAUUUAUUCAAGCAUGCUCAUCGGUUCAAUCCCUUCCGCAAUUGGUCAUUUAACUAAUUUGAAAUCUUUGAUCCUUGGUAAAAGUCAAAUUAAUGGAUCCAUUCCCUCCGAAAUAGGGAUGCUAAAAAACUUGAUCUAUUUAUCUCUUUAUUCGAACAUGCUCGUCGGUCCAAUCCCUACCACUCUUAGCCAUUUAACUAAUUUGGACUAUUUGGACCUUAGUCAAAAUAAAAUCAAUGGAUCCAUUCCUCCCGAAAUAGGGAUGAUGAAAAAUUUAACCACUUUAGACCUUCAUUCGAACAUGCUCAUUGGUCCAAUCCCUUCCACAGUUGGUCAUUUAACUAAUUUGAGAUAUUUGGACCUUAGUUGGAAUAAAAUCAAUGGAUCAAUUCCUCCUGAAAUAAGGAUGCUGAAAAAUCUAUCCUCUUUAUCCCUUUAUUCGAACAUACUCGUCGGUCCAAUCCCUUCCACAAUUGGUCAUUUAAUCAAUUUGAGAUAUUUAGACCUUGGGGCGAAUAAAAUCAAUGGAUCCAUUCUUCCCGAAAUAGGGAUGCUGAAAAAUCUGACCACUUUAUACCUUUAUUCGAACAUGCUCAUCGGUCCAAUCCCUUCCACAAUUGGUCAUUUAACUAAUUUGAAAUAUUUGGACCUUAGUCGGAAUAAAAUCAGUGGAUCAAUUCCUCCCGAAAUAGGGAUGCUAAACAAUUUGACCUCUUUGUCCCUUGGUUCAAACAUGCUUGUCGGUCCAAUUCCAACCACUCUGGGUCAUUUAACUAAUUUGGAAUCUUUGGACCUUAGUCGGAAUAAAAUCAAUGGAUCCAUUCGUCCUGAAAUAGGGAUGCUAAAUAAUUUGACCUAUGUUAACCUUUGCCAUAACUUUAUUAGUGGUGAAAUACCUACUGCACUUGGGACCAUUGGCAAAAGGGAUUUAUGUCGUCAAUUCAAGAUUUUCCCUCCACGUCACAAAAGCAAAAAAUCAAUCAUAACCGAAAUAGAAAUUUUUGCUCCCAUCACCACUUUCCUCGGGUUCCUGGUUAUUGGGGGUAUUCUCUUGUCUCGUUGUGUGUUCAAGAAAAAUCAGAUUGAGUCUAGGCAAUCAAAGAAUGGAAACAUAUUCUCGAUAUGGAAUUAUGAUGGACAUAUUGCAUAUGAAGACAUCAUUGAAGCAACCGAAGAUUUUGACAUCAGAUAUUGCAUUGGAACCGGUGGUUAUGGUAGCGUUUACAAAGCAGAAUUACCAAGCGGAAAUGUGGUUGCCUUAAAGAAACUUCAUCAGAGAGAGGUUGAGAAUCCAGUUUUCUGUAAGAGUUUUAUAAAUGAGGUGAGGGUGUUAACAGAGAUUCGACAUCGAAAUAUUGUGAAGUUGCAUGGGUUUUGUGUACAUAAAAGAUGCAGAUUUUUAAUUUAUGAAUACAUGGAAAGGGGAAGCCUAUUUUGUGUCCUAAGAAAUGUUGAUGAAGCUAUGGAACUGGAUUGGAGCAAGAGGGUAAACAUCAUCAAAGUCACAGCACACGCCUUAUCUUACAUGCAUCAUGAAUGCAUCCCAGCAAUUGUUCAUAGAGAUAUAUCAUCCAACAACAUUUUGCUGAACUCCGAAUUCCAAGGUUUUAUCUCUGACUUUGGAACUGCUAAACUUCUUGAUCCUGACUCAUCCAAUCAAACAUUGGUUGUUGGCACUUAUGGUUAUAUUGCCCCAGAGUUUGCCUACACAAUGACAGUUACUGAAAAAUGUGAUGUAUAUAGCUUUGGAGUGGUGGCGCUAGAAGUAUUAAUGGGAAGGCAUCCAGGAGAACUCUUGUCCUCAUUAUCAUCAUCAUCAUCUCAAAACAUGAUGCUACAUGAAAUAUUAGACCAACGCCUGCCACCUCCAAAUUGUCUAAUUGGACAGGAUAUUUUGCUCGUUGCUACAAUAGCAUUUGCAUGCCUUCACACUCAGCCAAAGUCUCGGCCUACAAUGAAAUGUGUGUCACAAGAAUUUUUCUCUCACAAAAAGCCAAAUGUCAUACCCUUGACUACGGUUUCACUCCUGCAAUUGAGGAAACAAGCAACAUAUAUGCUGGAUUAGGAUUUGCUUAUUGUUAGGGUGUUUUGUGUGUUGUCAACGUGUCAUUUACAUUUCUCAAUCUUUUUUCAAGAAAAAUAUUAUUUGUAAGCAUUCCAAAUCACCUCAUAAACCUGAAAUACUCACUUUUCGAAGUUGGAAUCGGCUGAAACAAAAUGGGGUCGGUGUGUUUGUAUGAGAUAAGUGUGCAAAUAUAAAGUAGAAGUAAAUUAAGUAAAAUCUUAUAGAGAAUUUGAGCAGAUUCAUAAUUUCUUCUUCAGGAACAAUAAACUUUUCAAAAUAUCUUUGAUAUCAGGAUCAUCCCCAGCUUCUUUGUCCUACUAAAAAAGAAAUAAACAAAUUUUAUAUCUAGUUAGAGUAGUACCUAGCAUAAAAGCUCAAAACUUUAAAGCCUUAAGUGGAGUUUUUUGAUACUCCUCUUCGAUUUUAAUUGUAUAAUAAAAUAUAUUUAGAUAAGGUUACAAAAAGUGUAAAAAUAUACAUGUUAACUUUUUUGUGCGUUAGGAAAAAAAGGAAACCAUUGAUCAAUAACAAAUAUAUGACAAAAGAGAAAUGGGACAAGCUAUGAUGAGGAACUUAAUUACCUUGUGAACAUAUGAGAUAUUAGUUUUGCCAGGACCUAUAACUAUAAUUCCACCUUGCUGCCUGAGAAACAACAAACUUAUUGAAAGCAAACAACUCAUAUUUGACAAACUUAGCCUAAAUGGAUAAAGAUCACUAAAACUAUUAAUCCAACUAUCUUAUUGAAGGUAGGCCUUAUAAUUUAUUCAAUUCUAUACUUUUUUUUUUUUUUUCAAUUUACCCAUUAGUGUAGAGUCAACUGUUGCCAAAUUUCUUUGGUGGCUUCUCCAAGAUCUUGUUUAAGCCACCAAGGGGAUUUAGUUGUGAUGGAUUUAGGUUCUGUUGAUAAUGCUAUUAUGUCAAGUCAAGAUGCAGGUUUUGUUGAUAGUUGCUAGGUGUUGAAGAAAAGUACAUAAGUGGAUACUUUGAUCUCAUCAUUAAAGAAAAUGGACACAGUAGUUACAACAAGAUGUUUUGCAUACCAGCCACCUCUAGUCAUGGCAUCCUUUUCAAAUGAAAGCUUCCAGUCUUGUCAAUAGCCUUCCAUGUAUAACUGUAUUAUCUUGAGACCUACCUGCAGCGUCAUAGAAACAACUAAACUAAGAAUUCCUAGAUGCAAUCACAAAGUGCUAAUUUUCGCAAAUACCUUAUGUAAGCCACAAGUACUAGUACCAAAAAUGGAUCUUCACAUACUUUCGUAGUAAAUGUAGUUGAAACCCCUGAGACAAAUUGUAAAGCUUUAUACAAUGAGUGGGUCGGGUCGGCAUAAACUUAUGAAACAAACAAGUCUUAUUAGUAGGCAGCAAAAUUAAGACACAUUACAAUCUUUACUGUUGGGAAGUAUAGACUCCACAAGAUAAAAUUGAAAAGAUUUCUCUUUCAUUCUUUUACGCUCCUGCUUUGAUGAGUAGUAAGGUCUUUCCACAAUGAAGGCUGAUUUGCACCAACAUGAAUGACAUUGUCAUUGCUACCAUCACCAAACCUUCACCAUCACAUCCUCAUCAUUAUCACAUUAUUGUUGUUAUCAUCAUCAUCAAUUGGCAAUAGAAACAAUCGUUCCAUAUCUACACUGAUUUCUAUAGCAUAAAAUUGAACAGAUUUCUCCUUCAUUCUUUUACACCCAUGCUUUGAUGAGUAGUAAAGUCUUUUCACAAUACAUGCUGCUUUGCAACAACAAGAAUGACACCAUUAAUGCUGUCAUCACCAAACCUUCACCAUCUCAUCCUUAUCAUUACAACAUUAUUGUGUUAUUAUCAUCAUCAAUUACCAACAGAAACAAUGGUUCCAUAUCCACACAGACCCCUUUAUCAUAGAGUAAUUGAAAUUUCAAGAUAUACGAACUGUAAGAACUUAAAUAUAAACAAGAAAUUUCAAACAGAAAACAAAAUAGGACUAGAAUUGCACAUGUAAUUGACCCAGAGCCACCAUCUAAUCUCCAUGUUUCCAUUUUACUCCAGUGACAGUAAAACCAAAGUAGAACUAGAUGUACGACUGCCGAUACAAUAGAAUAGACAUAGUGUACGAAUUCUUCAAAAAACAUACCUCUGAAUUUUGUUUACUCAGUAAAUGCUCUUGCUUGCAUAAAAUUACUGCUACCAAUUACUUCAAAAGUUUAUGUUAUUUCCUUGACAAACAAUUGGGACCAAGGGUGAGAAAUGAUUUCAGUGGAGCAUAAUGUUGUUAGUCACAUAUUUAUCCUUAAAAAACACGUGAAGAGUGCCCUUGGUUUACUCAUGAAACUUCCGUACAUAUUUAUAAUCACCCUUAUUCCAAGGAUGGCAUACUGACACCCAAAAAAUACACGAGCACCUUAUUAUUGUAUACUUAAUUAAUCUAUCAAGUCUUACUGAAGCAAAUAUCAGUAGUUUAAUUAAUCAUCAGUACAUACUUGAUCAAUACUACGAGGUCUAAUUACAACCAAAGCCACAUUUGAUGUAUCCAUUAUAUCCUGUCAACAUAUCAUAUAUAUUAGUACUAUGUUGACAUCAAUACUUCCCACUUAUCAUUUUAAACCAACAAAAAUUAAUGGGGAAGAUGCCAAUAAGUUAUUGAGUAUUUUCUACUCCUUAACAAUCUUACAUUGUUGUUAACAUCAUGGGGGAGCAAAUACUUUGUUUCUUUUCGCAGGUAGAAUUUAUGUUAUAACAAAAUGAAUGAACGCAUGGCAUCUAUAGUCCAUCCACACACUUAGCUUCUUGGUGGCAAGAUAAUCAACUCCUUUAAGGCAAAAGACACACCUACAAAAUAAGAGAUAAGUACCAUACGCAAAAUGAAUGAUCGGUGCACACUACUUAAGUGAAAAUAUUACCUCCAUUAGCCUCUACUAUCUCUUUUAUGUUCAUUGUGAUAGAAAUCUGCACAUAAUAAUCAUAUAUUUAUAUAAUCUCUGACCCAAAAUGGUGAGCGAAUGCCACGACAGCGACAGCUUUCCUAUCUAUCCACAAAUCAGAAAUCGGGAUCGCAUUUCCAUUCAAAUCGAACACUUUCACUGUGUCUAGCACACUUGCCGUAUCUUCACCCGCCACUGAAGUUUCAGCAACUAUUGACAUCCGCACAUGUCAUCAUUCAAAAUAAUUACAUUUGUUUGCCGAGAAAAUGAGGAAAUAUAAACAUCAUGAUACUCAAGAUUUUCAGUGUAAAACGAUGGAAAUUAAUAAAAGGACACAUAUUAUUCUUUACUUUUUUUUCCCUCUUUUCUGUUUAUAAAAACCAAAGAUAUAUGAUUAUUACUAGAAAUUUAAACAGACCUACCAAGACAACCCAAUAUUGUAGAAGUCAUGAGGAGGGUUUGCCAUAGUGAGAAAUUGGUUGCAUACUUGAGGUGUUUGGGAAUCGUAGAAAGUUUGAGAGUGCAAUUUGGUGAUAGGCCAGGAAGCGCAUGUGUUGAAGUAGGGUUGGUGAUCCUGUUGGAGUAGAGAUUAUUGGUUGAAAGUGUGGUAGACAGAAGUCGCCCUGGAUGGAUGCUCGAAGGAUAAGCAAAAACUCUGCCCAAGGACUCUGGUUGCUAAACUUUUUG